ACCAUUUAACGAUAUGGCAGCGAAAGACAAACAACCCCCAGAGGUUCUACAUUUGCACAAAGGGAGUAACUAGGAAAAUUAUUUGCGGUUAAUAGAAAAGCAUGGUCGGACAUGUGCAGCCAGGUGGAAAUAUUACGUCUCCUCUCCAAUGCUGACCUAGGAGAAGUUAAAAGCAUGAAUGCUCUUUUCAUUAAUUUGAUAAAGAGCAAUGACAAUACCAUUACGUACAGGAACUAUGAUGAGAUUUAUGACAUUUUCAAUGACCAGGACGUUGAGGCUGGACACAUAAUUCAGCGCUUCACAAAACGUAUAACAGAGGCCUCCAAAACAAAGGGAAAACGCAAGCAAAGACGUAACUGUGAUUCCGAAUCUGAAACCGAAGAAAGCAAUUCGAAAGGAAGGAAAGAUGAAAAACGCAAACUGACACGAAGGAGAGGGUAUCAUAAACACAGUCGUGAUUCUGAUUCUGAUUCUGGAAGGGAAGCCGACGGAGGCGAAUCUAAUCAAAGAAAAGAAAAUGCGGGGAAUUUAAGAAAAGAAUUCGAUGACAUGCAAAAUGCAAGAAUAGUUUAUACCUGGCAAACAGCGAUGAAUGCUGUCGGAUUUAUCCAGGGCCCAGUCGCUCAGGGCACAGGGUUUAGAGUGGGAAAGGACAAGAUAAUGACAGCCUACAAAGUGGUAGAGGACAUAACAAAGAUUCACAAAGGCGCCAAACCAGACCUGUCGAACCUUGGACAAAACAAUGUAUUCAUCACGUUCAACUUUAUUGAGGCCAAUGACUCGAAGAACACUCGAAAGUUUUAUAUCACAGAAUGUCUUUUCCAUGACAAAGAAAUGGAUUUCGCCAUUUUACAGUUACGAAAUAAGGAUAAAACAGAAGAUUCUAGCUAUCCAAAAGCCAUAACGCAUUUCAAGCCCGUAUACCCUGACCAGACCUUCGCUCUACUCAGUCACCACCAUGGGAAGCCUUUGCAGCUGGAGCCAAAGGUUCACAUAUUUGAUACCAAAAGUGAUCAAGGGAAAAGACGGCUAGAGGAGAUGAAACAAUGGGGACGCAAACAAGGUAAAAAGUCUGCGUAUGAAAAUAUCCUGGACAAAAACAAAGUUUUAUUUGACUGCUGGACUAGGUAUGGGGGUUCUGGAUCACCGGGAAUUGAAAUGGGUUUAGAUGGGGAGCCCGUCUGUAGCCUCAUGCUUUUACGUGGAUUUCCGGACUUUGUCUAUAGUGAGGGAUAUCACAGUAAGAAAGAAUAUCAUCCGUACAUGGUUGAGCAAGGCGUUACAAUGGAAGCGAUUGCAGCAGCAUUAAACAGAAUGGGUUCAGAGGAGAAGGCAUUAAAGCGGGAAAUAUUUGGCGACAAUGCUUUCUUAUACUAAGAAUUAGACAGAUAUAUCUUUGUGCCCCCAUAACAACAUUUUUUGGAAUCUUAUAUUGUGAGAUUUUGAAAAUGUCUGAUUUCUUUGUCAAUCAAAUAGUGAAAUGACUGUUGAGUCGACUAAAAACCGAUAAAAACAAUUUUCUAAGCCUGGUGCGCUAAAAAAAGAAGUUAGCUGUAGCGAACAUAGAUACAUUUCGAGCAAUUGCACUUCUAUACUGCAGGCAUUCAAGAGAACGAGUGACAUAUUUACCCAUUCCUCCCCUAAGUGAAUGAAGCUGCAAAGGUCAUAAGAGAUUGGUUAAAUACAAUAACUCAUCCAAUUCUACUGACACAUUUGAAUCAAAUCUUAAAUGUUUGAUUUUGGUUUGUUGGUGUUUUACGUCCUACAAACAGCAGUGGCCAUUUAAGGAGGUACGAGGUUUUGGUGGUGGAGGAAAGCUGGAGUUCCCGUAAAAAACCCCAGCAACCAUCGGCCAGUACCUGGUGACUGCAUAACAUAGGCCUCGAACCCGCGACCCAAUGGUGGAGGGCCACUGGUAGCAGGAUGAUGGACGCCUUAACCACUUGCCUACCGUAGCCCCCGCGAAAUAUAAUAUAAUAUAAUGACAUUUUCCUGAAAAGUUUUGUCGGUCUCAUCAUUAUAUCAAACUUGAAUGUGGAAAAAUGCACUUGCUGAUGUGAUACCAGCAUCUACAGUUAAUGAUUCUAAUACAUGUUUCAAUAUCCAGUAUUUUUUUUCUGAAUAAUUGUACUACAUCUGCAUAGGUAAUGAAGUAGCGUGUUCAGCUAUGGACAAUAGUUGGGGACAGUUUUGUGUCAUUCUCCUGGUAAAUUAUACACAAGUGUCGAGUCGACGAUCCAAUUUGGCACAGUAAAAGGUAGGGUUAUCCCAUUUGGACGCUUCAACUCGCACAUAUUCCAACUGGAUGCCAUUGUAUUGUACAUACGUUCCGCAAAAUAAUAGUCACACGUAACCCAUAUUGCGCUAUAGAGAGUGUGUCGCAACAGAGAUACAUACAGAGGAUCAUCAGACUGAUAACCUCAAAGAAAAAAGCAGCCAUAAAUGAAACUGAAAAUUUUAACACAAACAAUACUAUUAGACAGAGUACAGUAAUCGUGUCCUACACUGGGACACUUGCAUAACACUAACGUUUGGUUAUUGAAACGCACAGAAAAUAUUUUGACAGUUCUGUUCUUUUUAUCUAUUUGUAUUACCUAUUAGUUAAUAACUGUAUUCUGUAUUUGUAUUUGCUUUCAAAGGGUGUUUUUAUUAUUGUGUACAUACUAUGUAAAUAAUAAGUAAUUCUGGUAUUAUUGUUGUAAUGGUUAAUUGGUCGAUUGCUAACGGUACAAAACCAAUAUCGGAAAAGGGGUUUAAACUAUUGAAUUUUCUACAUGUUAAUGUCCUUUUCGGAAAUAAUUGUUUUUAAUGGUUUUUUCUCGAUGGGGGGAUGUCUUUUAGAUAUCUCCAUAUCUCCACCGCUAUACCUCCCCAGACAAAACCAACAUACGUACAAUGUAUACCGGGACAAUCUAUGCAGCAGUGAUCAUUCGCCCCUUACUUCCAUUAUAAAGGCAAUUUCACUAUAAAAAACAAAUCAACAUUGAGAAAAACAUGAAUUAAACGGCAAAAGAAAAUUAUUUCGAUGGAAUCAAUAUCCCGAUAUAUAUUAAACAAGUAGUGGAUUGGCUCAUUACAUUCCAGCCUGCACACAUUUUUUUGUAUUAUUUCAAUGUUUUUGUUACGUUUGUAUGUAUGAAUGUUCUCUUAGUUUUCUCUUUAUGCAGUUUUAAUAAUGUUUACGAUUUGUUUUGUUUGAUGGUAAAUAAGUAAUGAAUAACAGAAAAGAAGAUGCAGGGAAAAUAUAAACUUCCACAAAAAUCAGACAAAAUAAACUCCCCGAAAUACAGUGGAAACAAUAUUUUGAUCCCCUUAAAAAGAGAAAAACACAUGUCUCCAAAAUACAGAGAAACUAAUCAUAACAAAAAUAAGACAAUUGCAUAUUUGACAGCGGUUUCAGAUGCCUUUAAUUAAUCUAGUUUAAUGACUUUUCACCAGUGAAAUUAUUAAUUUAACAAAACUUUAGAUUUU